CCGCGCGCUUCCGGUGCCCAGCUUCCGGCUCCGGGUCCGGGCCUGGGACAGAGGCGGAGCCACUGCCUGCCGCGACUUUCAGACUAGUAUUAUGGCUACGCGCUGGUGGUGCUGGCGGCGGGGCUGCUCCUGGAGGCCGGCGACCGGGAGGCCGCGGCCGGGACGCCCUGGCUGUGCGGGGCCGCUCGGGACGCGCGCCGCCUCGGACACCCGCGCGCAGAUGCCCUAUUUUAGCUUACUGAAGACUUUAACAUCUGCCUUCCCAAAUGUGCAUAGUAUAUCACAGUUCCAUCAACGGACACCAGCAGUGUGCUGUUGUAGUCAAACACAGAGUGGUGAGAAAUACACUGAUCCUUUUAAACUUGGCUGGAGAGACUUGAAAGGUCUGUAUGAAGACAUUAGAAAGGAGCUUUGCAUCUCCACCAAAGAACUGAAGGACAUGUCUGAAUACUACUUCGAUGGCAAAGGAAAAGCUGUUAGACCGAUUAUCGUGGUGCUAAUGGCCCGAGCAUGUAAUAUUCAUUAUAAUAACUCCCGAGACGUGCAAGCCAACCAGCGCGCCGUAGCCUUAGUUGCAGAAAUGAUCCACACUGCUAGUCUGGUUCACGAUGACGUUAUUGACGACGCAAGUUCUCGAAGAGGAAAACAUACAGUUAAUAAAAUCUGGGGUGAACAAAAGGCUGUUCUUGCCGGAGAUUUAAUUCUUUCUGCAGCUUCCAUAGCUCUGGCACGGAUUGGAAACACAGCUGUUAUAUCUAUUUUAACCCAAGUUAUUGAAGAUUUGGUGCGUGGUGAAUUUCUUCAGCUAGGGUCGAAAGAAAAUGAGAAUGAAAGGUUUGCCCACUACCUUGAAAAGACCUUCAAGAAGACGGCCAGUCUCAUAGCCAACAGUUGUAAAGCAGUCUCUGUCCUGGGCUGCCCCGAUCCAGUGGUGCAUGAGAUUGCCUAUCAGUAUGGGAAAAAUGUUGGAAUAGCUUUUCAGCUCAUAGAUGACGUACUGGACUUCACCUCCUGCUCUGACCAGAUGGGCAAGCCAACUUCCGCAGACCUGAAGCUAGGCUUAGCCACUGGCCCUGUCUUGUUUGCUUGCCAGCAGUUCCCAGAAAUGAAUGCUAUGAUAAUGAGGCGGUUCAGCUUGCCAGGGGAUGUGGACAGAGCCCGACAGUAUGUAUUAGAGAGUGAUGGCGUGCAACAGACAACCUACCUCGCCCAGCGGUACUGCCAUGAAGCUGUGAGGGAGAUCAGGAAACUUAGACCAUCCACAGAAAGAGAUGCCCUCAUCCAGCUUUCAGAAAGUGUGCUCACAAGAGAUAAAUGACAAACUUUUCUGUUCUUCCCGGCAGCUAUUUUACCAGACUGUGCCUAAUGAAUUUUGUGAAACACUAUUUGCUCCAUGUGCAGAUAACCAAAAAUCACUUUAGGAAAUAAUUUCAACCUUAUUGAUGGGCAAUUUUUUUUUAUUGGCAAAGUUUUUCAGAAAACUUUUUAAAUGUAAUUAAACCAGUGUCACUAUAGUCCUAUAAAGUCUAAUCGAGGUAUCCUGAUGGUUAUGUGUGGCACUGUUUACACUGUUAAUGCCCACAUGGAAAGCCAUUACACAAAUAAAUAAUCAACGUUAAAAUU